AGAUUACUCACUUCCGUGACGCGGGAAGAGGUCAAAGGUAAAGGUAAGUUGCCUGCAAGGAGAAGAUGGCCGGCGACGCGUCACAGUUUCAGCUGCUUUUGCAUGGCCUUCUGAGCACGGAUAAUGAUAUCCGCAGUCAAUCGGAGGCCACAUUCAAUGGUUUACCCGCCAUAACCCGUGUUGGUUUGCUGGUGCAGAGUCUUCGGAAAACAGAUGCACCUUUUGAAAAUCGCACGAUGGGAUGCAUCCUUCUUCGUCGUCUGUUGUCUUCAAAUUUUGACGAAAUCUGGCCCAGCUUCCCCCUUGAGAUGCAAGAAGGACUCAAACGGGAACUGAUGCUAGCUGUCAGAGAAGAGACAGAACAAGCUAUCAGGAAGAAAGUUUGUGAUGUAAUUGCAGAACUCGCAAGAAAUAUGAUAGAUGAUGACGGAAAUAUGACAUGGCAAGAUGUGCUGAAGUUUAUGUUCGAGCUUGCGAACUCUCAGAGUCCAGACCUGAUGGAAAGUGCCCUUCAUAUUUUUACAACUUUUCCUGGAAUAUUUGGCAACCAGCAGAACCAUUAUCUGGAAGUGAUCAGGCAGAUGUUAUUGCAGUCCCUGCAACAGACCGUCACACCACAGGUGGUGUAUGAGGCUAUUAAGGCAACAACAGCUUUCUUGGUGGCCAAUGAGAAAGAAAGUCAUGUGCAAAUGCAUCUGAAAGAUCUUUUACCUGCAAUAAUUCAGGGAAUUGCACUCAGUGUAGUUGAAAAGAAGGACGACACUGUCCUCAAGUGUCUGAUAGAAAUUGCAGAAAAUACUCCAAAAUAUCUGCGUCCUCAAAUGGAAAAUAUCUUUCCUUUCUGCUUAAAGUUAUUGUCCGAUGCUACUCUAGAUGCCUCGUGGCGACAGUUGGGCCUGGAGGCCAUUGUUACAUUGUCGGAAACAGCACCUGCUAUGGUCCGCAAGUUCAAUAAAUUUAUCCCACAGCUGGUUCCUCAGGUCCUUUCAAUGAUGGUGGAACUUGAUGAAGAAGAAGACUGGGCUUUCCAGGAUGAAGCAGAUGAUGAUGAUUUGGACAGUAAUGCAGUUGCAGCCGAGAGUGCAUUAGAUCGUCUGGCAUGCGCGUUGGGUGGCAAGACUAUGCUUCCUCCUAUUAUCUCCAGUGUCUCACAGAUGCUUUCUCAUGAGGAUUGGCGGUAUCGGCACGCUGCUCUAAUGGCAAUAUCAGCUUGUGGGGAGGGCUGCCAUUCUCACAUGGAGCUUAUGCUACAAAAUAUCAUUGAUGCCAUUCUGCCAUUUCUUACUGAUAGUCAUCCAAGAGUUCGAUAUGCAGCAUGCAAUGCAUUAGGCCAACUGUGCACAGAUUUUGGGCCAAAUUGUCAGCGAAAAUUCCACGACAAGAUUUUGCCUGCACUCCUAAUGGUGCUGGAUGACAAUGCCACCCCACGUGUUCAAGCCCACGGGGCUGCAGCUUUGGUAAACUUUAGCGAAGAUUGCCCCAAAGGCAUUCUGGUACAGUACCUUUCUGCCAUCAUGGAAAAACUUGAAAUUCUUCUGACAAGAAAAUUUAAAGAGCAUCUUGAAAAAGGCAACAAACUGGUCCUGGAGCAGGUCAUCACAACUUUAGCAUCAGUCGCAGACACAGCAGAAGACAAAUUCACACAGUAUUACGACAGGUUCAUGCCGUGUUUAAAGCACAUCAUCCAGCAUGCUGUUUAUGCAGUAUCUGACAAGCUGCGUAUGCUUAGGGUCAAAACCAUUGAAUGCAUCAGUCUGAUUGGGCUUGCUGUUGGGAAGGAAAAGUUCAUGCAGGACUGUAAUGAAGUAAUGCAGCUUCUGCUAAAGACCCAAACUGACCAGCAGAACCUGGCAGACGAUGAUCCACAGAUUUCCUACAUGAUAUCAGCUUGGGCUCGAAUGUGCAAAAUUCUGGGGAAGGAGUUUCAACAGUAUUUGCCAAUGGUGAUGGGGCCAGUGCUCAAAGCUGCCUCCCUGAAGCCUGAAGUUGCUGUUCUUGAUAGUGAUGACAUGAAAGACAUGGAAGAGGAUGAAGACUGGCAGUUUGUAACCAUCGGUGACCAGCAAAAUUUUGGAAUCCGCACUGCAGGCCUUGAAGAAAAAGCUACUGCCUGUCAGAUGUUGGUCUGCUAUGCAAGAGAAUUAAAAGAAGCCUUUGCUGAAUAUUCUGAAGAAGUUGUGAAGAUUAUGGUGCCUCUUCUGAAGUUUUAUUUCCAUGAUGAUGUUAGAAUCGCUGCCUCUGAAUCCCUGCCUUACUUGCUGGAGUGUGCCAGUAUCCGAGGGGAGCAGUAUGUGGCAGAGAUGUGGGGCAACUACAUUUGCCCCAACCUACUGAAGGCCAUCGAGAUUGAACCGGAGCAGAGCGUGUUGCCUGAGCAUCUCAAUUCUCUUGCCAAAUGUGUAGAGAAAAUGGGGAAAGGCUGUUUGUCUGAUGAGGAUGUGGGUACCCUGGUGACAACUCUCAACAAACUGUUAACGUCUCAUUUUGAACGACAGGCUCUGAGACAAGAAAAGCGUAAAGAUGAGGACUAUGAUGAUGUUGUGGAAGAAUCCCUUAUGGAAGAGGAUGAGGAGGAUGUGUACAUCUUGAGCAAAGUGGCUGACAUCCUCCAUUCAUUUUUUGGCACACACAAAGAGUCUUUCUUGCCAGCCUUUGAAAAAAUCAUGCCUUUCUUUGUCAAAAUGCUGGGGCAAGAACGACCUUGGGCAGACAAGCAGUGGGCACUUUGUGUGUGGGAUGAUGUUCUUGAACACUGUGGCCCAGUCUCUGCCACCUACCAGGCGUUCUUCCUUCAGCCAUUGGUUGAGUACAUCACAGACAAGCAGCCAGAAGUGCGACAAGCAGCAACCUACGGCGUUGGAGUGAUGGCACAGUUUGGUGGCCCUGUCUUUGCUGACGUCUGUGCUGAGUGCAUACCUCGGCUUGUGAGCGUAAUAGAGCACUCAGAAAGCAAGAAUGUGGAAAACAUUAAUGCCACAGAAAAUGCAAUCUCUGCUGUGGUGAAAAUUUGUAAAUUCAACUCGUCAAAGGUCAAUGUGGAUGAGAUUGUUCCUCGCCUUGUGCACUGGCUUCCUGUGACAGAGGAUACAGAUGAGGCCGUGCAUAUCUACAACUAUGUGUGUGACUUGUUAGAGGCAAACCAUCCUGGAAUUAUGGGUGAGAAUGGGGGCAACCUUCCUCAUGUCUUCUCCAUCAUCGCAGAAGCUCUGAUGCAGGAGGUGGUUGAGGAAAAAUCUGAAGUCUAUCAUCGCCUGUUGGGCAUUGUCAGACAAGUUCAGACCAACCAGGGAAUGUUCCAGAUCUGUUUGGCUCAGUGCUCACCAGAACAGCAGCAGGCACUGUCCAAUGCUCUCUCACAAUAGUGCUGCAGCGUUACAAAACAUUCUGAUGCAGCAUGUAGCUUUUUGGCAGUGCUUGCCAGUUUUCCUCGGCUGUUGAUGUGCGGUGCAUUUUUUGGAGUGUUUGUGCAGCUUCGGCCUGGUGUUCUACAAAAGUUUUGUCUGGUGACAACUAGAUGUUGAGAGACCGGCAAUGGAUGUAAUCCACAAACACUUCAGUGCUACUGAGGAAAGCAAAUGUAUGAUUGACAAAUAAAACCAUGGAGGGAAGAAUCCAAAUGGAUUUGUGUGCAUGCAUCUGACAAGUGCAGUUCUGUCCAUUUGCACACCUCACAUUUGUUUUUACGACAGUGUUCUUUGUGCAUUGUUGUGAGGAGAAAAGAAUAGGAUGAUAAUGGAAAACUCUAAGCCCUCCUUUGAAACUAAUUUAUGUGCUGCUUGUUUAAAAAUACAUUUGCUGCUCCAAACAUUGUAUGUAAAAAAAUGCAGACAUCUGUGUGUGUGUGUGUGCUUAUGCAUCCAUGAGAGAAGAAAAGACUGUCUACAUGAUGUGGAUAAGUAUUUUGGUACAGUUGCGUAAUAAUUGCAUCCUCUGGUUUUUCCCUCCAUACAGUUUUGUGUUUUUGAUAUUUCACCCAACCCCCCAAUACAGUCUGUCUUUGCCUUUUAGUCCGGGACAUACUUUUAAACAAAAGAUCUUCCAAAUAAGUAUUUUAAGAGAUUUGAGCACAAGCUGACUGCACAGAUUUUAUUAAACUAACCUCUGCUUGAUGCAGUUUGUGAUAUGUUCAGGAAAUAUUUCAUUUGUUUAUUUAAUUUAAUCAGGAAAAAACUGCUAUGGGAAUGGAAAGAACACUUUUCGCAGAAGCAGAUAUAAGAUUGUAAAAUUAGCAUUUUUCUCUUUAUGAUCAGGAUAAGAACCUUUAUAUAAAAAAUUAAAUACUAUUGACUAGGUAGUAUGUAGGGUAGAUGUUGCUUUUACUGUUUCACAUAGAUUUUUGCUCAGAACAUGUCUUAGCUGAUGUUUGAAUACCUGAAUUUGAGUAUUUGAAUAUGUAUUUGAGUGUCUGAAUUUGUUACUUUCUGCAUUCUGGAUGAAGGGGAGAUGGGAAACAU